GAAAUUGUGUCAGCGGAGUAAAAUGAAUAUAACUUAUUCAAAAAAGGGACACAUAAAGUCCUUAGGAGGUCAGCCGGUAGAACAAUUUAUCUUUAACUCUGAACUAACCGUGGAGCAACGCGUUUUUCUAUCAGUGGCUGUAAUUGUGAUUGUUUUAUUGUCAAUUAUUGGGAAUGUGGCCACAAUAAUAGUCGCAAUCAAAAGCGAUAAAAUCCACUCGUUUUUCCGGACGUGUCUAAUAUCUUUGGCCAGCAGUGAAUUGCUCAGUUCAGUUUUGACGGGAAUAAAUUACCAAGCGCAGUUUAUUGCAACUUUUUUUGAUUUUUGGACGCUUGGAGGCUUUCUCUGUCACAUUAUGCCGUUCCUAAUAACUACGGGUGUUCUUGUGAAUAGUAUAACCCUUGUUGGCAUAUCUUUUAAUCGCUAUUUGGGUGUGACCCAAGUAAUCAAGGAUUCUUGGCAACCAACGAAGAAAUUCUGUGUUUUCAUAUCACUCGUCGUAUGGGGGAUAUCUGCAGGGAUUGCAAGCCCCAACAUUGCGGCUUAUCAAUACACGGAGAUGUACAUUUUUGAAUAUGCGGACCGGAAUGAUACGGCAGAGAUUUAUAAAGUAAUCCCUCAUCGCAUGUGCUCCACAAACAGGCACCAAAAUGUCAUUUCUUUUACAAUUCUGGUUGCCGUUCUUUUUGUACCAAUGUUCCUCGCGUUCUUAUGGUUUAACCUGGUCCUGGCUAAGGAAAUGUGGAAUCGACGAAAAAUGGCUAAGAAGGCAACUCAAGAAAACAUGACACGUGGAGGGGAGAAGUCAUCCGGUGGAAGUAAAAACACCGACGGUUCUGUGAACUCAGUAUCAAAGUUGGUGGUUUCUAAGGAGCAAAGUGCCAACAUAAAAUGGAAAUGGCAAUCAACAACCAAAAACGAAUCGGAAUUCACGCCAUCUAAGGAUCUUCUGCGUCAUUUUACUGCUAAUGUUAACGUAUCUGUGUUUGCGCCUACCUCAAUGGCUGUUUCUAAUCUUGUGCUACUACAACGUUUGCGACAAAUCAAAUGGCAGCGCAAUAAUCCUUCAGUUUUCUGUCGGAAUUUUGUCAAUGUUGAGUGCCGUUUUCAACCCCCUUCUAUACGCUUUCUUAACACAGACCGUUGAUUGUUUGCUUGAACUAUAUCAUAAAGUUCGACAAUUUUCUAAAAUAUUUUGUUUAAAUAUUUCGAAAGCCUUAAGCAGUGUUAUCGAGCAACCCGAGAAUACGAGUACGUCUUCA